AUGAAUGCAACUAGGCGCGAUAUGCAGCUACCGACGCUCCAUCGACAGCCGCGCCCGAUGGGGCUUAGCGCAAGCCCGGCCCGGGAGAUCCUACCGGAGCUCGAGCUUCACUUAUGUCAUGAUCUGGUGAGAGCUCCACGGGCAAUUCCACGUUCCGAGACGACGACCCAUUGA